AUGACCGACAAAGAUCAGGAAAUUCAUCCAACAUCCCAAGCCAACGGUCAUACCAAACAUGACGAAGAAACAGCCGUAUUGCAUUCCAAAGAAGCUCGCAAAAAGAAGCGUAUGAAAUGUUUAUUAUAUAUUGCUAUCUUUGCUGUGUUUCAAACCGCUAUUAUAUUGCUUUUUGCCCUUACUGUCAUGAAAAUACGAACACCAAAGUUCAGGGUUCAGUUUGCAACAUUCGAUACCUUUAAUUUCUCUUCAAACACUAAUCCUUCGUUCAACAUAAGUAUGAAUGCUGAAGUUGGAGUCAAGAACACAAAUUUUGGCCACUACAAGUUUCACAAUAGCACGAUCAACUUCCUCUACGAUGGCUUGAUCAUUGGGGAAGCCUUUGUUCCUGAAGCACGCGCCAGAGCUCGUUCGACUAAGAAGUUUAAUAUCUUUGUGAAUUUGUCGUUAAGCAAUGUCCCACAACUUGGAUCUGAUCUUGAUUCUGGGGUUCUAAGUUUGAAGAGCAAGUCUACAUUGAAUGGUAAAGUGGAGCUCUUCAAAGUACUGAAGAAGAAGAAAUCCACAGAAAUGGAUUGCAUCCUGGCAAUUAAUUUGAGACAGGAAUUAAUUGGAGACUUGAGAUGCAAAUAG